CACCUAAAAAAAUUGCGCGGAAAGAAACUGGAAAGGAUGAACCAUUUUCAAAACACAAGUUCCCGCCUGUCAUUUCAAAAUUCGCGGUCAAUAUAUCAUCCAAAUAUGGUGAUCUAUUGUGCUCUUUGUCCAAUCAGAUUUUCUGAUUGCCCUUUAAGACUCUUACCUCUGCGCCACUGGUUUGUUUUCUGCGCACAUCGCACAUGUUCCUUUCUUUGAGGGGAAUGUUUUUAAGUUUAGAUCUAGCAUAUCUUCCUAGUGUCUAUGAUUGAUUUCCGGAUUCGCUCCACUCAGAAACGCAGGAUGUGCUCCUGGCCACACCUGAAAGACUUUAAAAAGGCUGAUGGCUUCAAAGUCUUUCGAAAAGUCCACGCGCAUUUCGUCUGCUGCGGCUCCCGUGAGGCAAGGAAACGAAAGGCAAGCUUGUGUCACUGUCACGAAUGUGGAACUUAUUCAAGUCGGCUCCAUUCUUGUCUUAUGUGCGUCUAUUUUGGUUGCUAUACCGGAAACCGGCACAUCCACCACCACGCAAAAUCCACGGGUCACUCUUUAGCUUUGGAUCUGACUCAUGGCGUUAUCUACUGCUUCGUGUGCAGGGAUAAUGUAUACGAUCUGGAUUUGGAGAAGAUUCGUGUCGAGCAAGCUAGCAGAGCUUGGAAAGCUCUUGCUGGACAUGGUCUCAGUAAGUAUGUUCCAUGGGAACCAAGUAAAGCUGAACUACAACUGCUCAGAGAAAACAAGAAAAGAAUAAAGCUAGAAACAAACUCAUUCAUAGGUCUCAGGGGACUCAUAAACCUUGGAAAUACUUGUUUCAUGAAUUGCAUUGUCCAAGCACUGACCCAUACUCCAUUGCUAAGAGACUAUUUCUUGUCUGAUCAACAUGUCUGUGCCGGAGACAAAGACCAGUGUAUUGUUUGUGAAGUUGGCUCAGUCUUUCAAGAGUUUUAUUCAGGACAAAAAGUUCCACAUACCCCUUUUAAACUGUUACAUCUUGUGUGGACUCACGCCCGUCAUUUGGCAGGCUAUGAACAGCAGGAUGCACAUGAAUUCUUCAUAGCUGCCCUCGAUGUACUUCAUCAGUAUUGUAAAGAUGAUGCACCAAACAAGGACAUCUUGGUUCCUAAUAAUCCCAACAGAUGUAACUGUAUAAUUGAUAGAAUAUUUACUGGUGGCCUGCAGUCAGAUGUUACUUGUCAAGCUUGCAAGUGCGUUUCAACUACCAUUGACCCAUUCUGGGAUAUCUCUCUAGACCUUGGAAAUGUUGAUCAUAGUAAUGGCAGAAGUAGUUCUGGUGCAUCAGCUGCAUCAACUCCAGACCCCACCCCUCCAGAUGAAAAUGGUCAGCCAGCCCCAGAGAACAAUCAUCAUGAUGAAAGCUUUGUUCCCAAAUCGCUUAUAGAGUGCUUGAGAAGAUUUACAAGACCAGAAAGGCUUGGAAGUGAGGCAAAAAUAAAGUGUAGUCAGUGUCAGACAUACCAGGAAUCUACGAAGCAGUUAACAAUGAAGAAAUUGCCCAUAGUAGUCUGUUUUCAUUUUAAGCGUUUUGAACAUUCAAAGAAAUCUAAGAAAAUUUCAACGUACAUUCCUUUUCCUCAACAAUUAGACAUGGCUCCAUUUAUGGCAUCAAGGUGCGUGACCCUGCAACAAUGCAUAUUGAUACAGACUUGGUUUAAAUGUGACGAUGCAUGGAUCACGAAAGCUACGUUGGAUGACGUGCUUCAGAGUGAAGGAUAUCUUCUUUUUUACCACAAGAAAGUCCUUGAAUACGAGUGACUACAUAGACGUCUGUUAGAUAAAAAAGGAGACAUCUAAUAAAUGAUUGUGUUCCAGGAAAAUAUACAAUUUGGUCAUUAGUGUUGCCAUGGCAAUGCUUCAAAGCGAUACAGGUCUCCCUGCCAGUUUCGGUUGAGGAACCCAGAAAGGCUUUUGACAAAUUACUUUCUUAGCGAAAGUUGGUGUGUAAAUCUACUUUUUUUUUUCGCUCAUCUGCCAAAGGUCUCUUACAAAGUUUGUUCCGUGAUCUUCAAGGGGCAGCGAAACUUAGAACUUGUUACGAAAAGGUAAUUUAAAAUUUGACUAAUAAAAAAGAUCUUGUGGAAAAUUUUUUUUAUAUUUUGAACACACUUACUAUGCAAGCUUCACAGCAUAUCAAAUGAUAAUAUAAUAGAAAAAUAAAACAGUUUUUGUUAAGAAAUUAUCACCCUUUUUGAAAGUGGAAAUAUGAUUUUACACAAUGACUAGUGAAACUAAGUGUCAUUUUCUGUUUGUUACAUAAUAUAUUUUCAUUUGUGAGAGAAAAAGCAAACCUUUUUUUUCCCACCAAAUUGCUUUCGAGCCUCUAACUUUAUAAUUGUCUUGUUUUCUCAAGUUAGUUUUAUAACUUAAUUUCGUACAUAAUACAAAGCUGUUAAUGAAUAAUAGAUUUAUAAAAACUAUUUGCUAUAAAUAUGUGGGAAUGUAUUUAUUUGAGAGGCUUUCGCUGUAAAACAGUGUUUUUUUUUUCGGUACUCUCCGAUUAUCGAAUAAAAUAACAACUUUGAAAA